UUUUGAUAAUACUACUUACUUGUGGUUGAUUAUCAUUCUGAGAUACAUGACAAAUUUCUUGCUGAAAUGUUUUGCUUUUUUAUGAUAUAAACAAUGAUAGCUAGAUGUGUUUCUCAUGUAUGAGACACAUGUGCAAUACUUGGGUACCUUUAUUGAUGAGCCAUUUUGACUGAGCAACAGACUUUUUCAAUCUGAUAAUGCAGAAGUGACUAAUACUGGAGAGCAAAGGAAAUGGAGAGAACUUCAACAGCCUGGUUGACCAGGCAGUCACCUAACAAGCCUGGUCCAAGGCCAGGCUCCAGUAGUAGAAAACACUUGAAACUCACCAAGUGUAUAUCAAAGGUACAUUCAGCAUACCAUUCGAGAAAAUGAAAUAGUGAUGCACAUUCACCCGGGAGAGUCAGGGAUGCAAAUGCCAGAUGAACCGAGUCAUGCCACCCUCACCAUCCAGGCUACUGACCCAGCCACCAACACCACCACCACCCGCCGCUUCCACUGCACAUACCAGGGCUGCGAGCGUACUUAUAGCACUCCCGGCAAUCUCCGCACACAUUUGAAAACACACAGAGGAGAAUACAGAUUCCGUUGUCGAGCUACAGGAUGCGGCAAGGCUUUUCUAACGUCAUAUUCGCUCAAGGUUCACCUUCGAGUUCAUGCUCAGCAGAAGCCCUAUACCUGUGAAAAUGAUGGGUGUCAAAAAGCCUUCACUACCUUGUACAGGUUGAGAGCCCACCAGCGUCUUCACAAUGGGGACACCUUCAACUGCAACCAGGAUGGCUGUGUUCGCAUUUUCACCACACUCUCAGAUUUGAGAAAGCAUGUCCGAACCCACACUGGAGAGAAACCUUUUAAGUGUGAAGAAGAUGGAUGUGGCAAGUCCUUCACUGUAAGUCACCACCUACGCACUCAUAAAAGGAUACACACUGGUGAGCGGCCUUACAUGUGUGUGGAACAGGACUGUGAUAAGGCCUUUACAACAAACUACUCCAGAAAGAGCCACAUGAGGGUUCACAAACGCAACCUGAACAACAAGCAGGAAUGGCAACAACAGGAGCUGAAGCCAGCACAGACACCACUGAAAGAUACAUCAGAUAACUCGAAUCUGAACCAAACCACAGACUCUGUGCUCUCUCAGAAGAAAUUGUCUUGCAAGGUUAUGGAAGAGACUGGGCAAGUAGCAGCUGGUGAUGUGGAGAGAAAAGAAGCUGCUGAUAAAUGUGUCGGUACUGGUGGCAGUAGAGGAGGUUGCUGCGGUGGACAACAGCAGUCGCAUCACUCCAGUAAACCUUCAGUGAAACAAAAAGUAUUUGCCAUCAUUCCUGUCGAGGGAGAUGCGGGGAAGAGUUCCACUAGUCUCACACUACAAGAUUUCCUAGAGUCGGAAGCUCUCAAGUGUAACCCAAAGAUGAAGGUACCAAUUGUGAAAGCCACGGAUGACACCACUGUUGGUAGACUCUUGCGUGACUCCCAGACUAUUGCAGAUUUAUCCCAGAAUGAUGACAGUGAUGAACGUGGCCUUUUGGAAAAGAUUGCCGCUCAUGCAGACAUAUGUAAGUGCAACCCUUGUCGCUGUGAUCCCUCAAGAGGCAAUGAAUGCUCGUGUAAUGCCAUUGCAGACUCACCUGUGGUUCGGAAAACUCCAUCACCAAUUGCAAAUAAAUAUUCUCCUUCAAACCCUAUUCCAUCAUCUCUCAGCAUGAGCCAAACAUUGAAAGAAAAAGAGGUUUACCAAGAACCUGUCACUGAAACUCCAAUUAAUACUUCUGCAAGUCAUUUGAAAAGUGUUUUUGAAGUGAAAACUGAAAUGAAUAAUAAAAAUUCAGGUAACUUAAAGGACGACAUUAACGUACCUUCAGUGUUAGUAACAGAUUCAGAUUCAAGACAUCCUAAUUGUUCUACAGCAGUGGUAAAUACUUCUGAAGUUAUUGAUCAGGCAAGAUCCUUGGAAACUCCAGAUAGUCAAAUUUCUGUAGAAGAGUUUCUACGUGAAACAGUCGGCAUAAACUCUUCUACAGCACACGCUGCACAAGGACCAAAUAGGUCUGUUCAGUCAGGCUUAGAGUCAUUACUACCAGGGCCUUCUGGACAGCACAGCUCGACUUCUGCUUUUUCCGGCCUAGCUAAUUUAGACGAUAUGAGCACUUUGGCCUCACCAUCAAUGGAAGACUUGAUUGUCUCUCCUUUAUCCCAUGGUACUGUGUUUGGUGCAGCAGACAAGUGUAAUGUGGCUGGACUUAAUCCUUCAGGAGGGCUGAGUAGUGACAGCACGUCGAUGGAUCACACAUUUGAUAUGGAUAUGACAACAACAGAUUUAUCAACAGAUUUUCCUUUCUCCUCACCAAACAUGAUAGAAGCUUUACUAACAGAUGAUAUGGGAAGUUUGUCUACAUUAUCGUCUCAUCAUUCAGCCAGUAAUAACUCUUCACACACUUUUGUCACCACUGUCACACCAUCAGCUGAUAGUGCUGUUACAUCAGUUUCAUCACAUGCUUCACAGCAAGUGCAACAUGCCCAGAUAUCCACACCUGCAAGGGACAGUGCACCCAAUAAUGCUAUAAAUACGGUAAGCUUAAAGGCAUCGUCUCCGGCUUGCUGUGGAUAUUUUGAUCUUCAGAAGGAAAACCAGCAUCAAGUGGUAUCUCAAGACUGCUGUAGACAAUGGGGAAAGGCCAAAUCAUAUUGCUCCUCACCCUCUACUGUUUCUUCACAUAACUGUUGUACCCCACCGUCCACUUCAGUGUCUUCUAGCUGCUGCCGCUCUAGUGCACCAGGAAAUACCUGGUGCAGGUCGACACAGUCUCUUAUAACCUCGCUGUCGUGCUCUUCACAUUUGGAAAAUAUGACAGGCUCAUGCUGUGCUAAUAAAAACUCAUUGCCAUCUUCUAGCUCUAAUGCUCCUACAGCAAAGUCAUCCUUGCCAGUAUCAGAUCUCAGUAGUCACCAGGCAAAGCAAAACACAUCAAACUCUCAGAACCUUCAACAUUCACAACUUCACCCUUCAUCAUCAUGCAGUUCGCAGCAUCAUGCACCCUUAAAUGAAGAGCACUCCUCAUCUUGUGUUCCCCAUGAUCACCAAGAUCACCAUCAUGGUCACCACCAUUUACCUGAACCUCACCAUAAUCAUUCAAAGCAUGACCAUCAACACCACUUUCCCAAAGUAGAAAACCAGCAUGAACAUCGCCAACCUGAAUGCCAUCACCAUCACACUGAUCCUAAAUUGCAGCACCAUCAUUUAGAGUCAAAACAUCAGUCUCAUCACAUAAAAACAGAAUAUCAUCACCACCACCAUUCAGAGCCUGAUCAGCAACAGUUUCACGGGAACUAUGGAGGUGGCACAGAAUCCCGAACGAGUGAUGUUCGUCAUAAUUCUGGCUUAGAUCUGGUACUAAGGAAGGAAGAUGACGAUUCUUGCUGUGUUGUUAUUUGCACCAACAAGUUACAAAUGCUGAGAAAUGUGUUGGCUAAAUGUGAGUGUACAGAUCAUGAGCGCUCUGCAGGUCCAGUAGACUUGCAGGCCCUCCUGAAUGAUGCCUUGAUGGAGUGGGAAACCUCAGAGCCAGGUAGUACGGUUCAGUCAUUUAGCAACAUCCAGUCAGCCCCACCCAACCCGCAGGCUUCCGAUGCUGCCAUAAACUGGCAAUAGUAUAUUUUACGUCUUACGAAUAAUACAAACACAGUGAAAAUUAUAUUCGAGGAUCUUGACUUCAAAAACAGGUUUCAGUAGAUGUGUGUACUGUACUCUAAGAUUCUUAGUAGUAGAGUGUUACAUCAGCUGUGCCUCUCCUAUCUAGUAAUAUCCUUUCCUAUACUCCUUCAUCUCUUACCCUCUUCAAGGAGACUUCAGGCUAGUGAAGGGCUCUUGAUCCAUGGAAUAGGAAGUAACCUCCCCUAUCAGCUGAAAUUUGAUUACCACCCAUUCCCCAGGUGUUGUACGACCCCUAUGGGUUUAGAACUUCCCCUCGAUUAUACUACAGUAAUACUAAUAAUCAACCUCUUUGCUCUUACAUCUCUCUCUGCCAUGUAGCGCUGAAGGACUUAAAAUUUAGCGCCUUUCAAGAAUAAUAAUUGGUAGUAAAAUAACCUAUGAUCAUCUUCCCGGAAUAAUGAUAAUUGCUAGUAUAAUAACCUAUUAUCAUACCUCAGGUGAAAGAUAUUAAUAAAAGUUACAAAGAUUAGCAAGAUUACAUUAAAAAUUUCAUGUGGUUGCAUAAGAGUAGGCAAUAGAUUGUUAUUUUUUUUUAUUGUACUGUAAUUUUUUUUAAAAGUAGUUUUCAUAUGCAGUACCUAUUCUAAUUAGAAGAAAAUAUUACCAAAAGAAAAUUUAUAAAUAUGUUUCAAGGAAUAAAAUUUUUUUUGUAAAUACUCAGAACAGAAUUAAAAGCAAAAUAUUCAGAAUUAAUUGAAAUGGCAUUGUGUUGUUCAAAAUUUUGAAUUUUGUUUAUUUUCACUGGUUGCAAAGCGAAGUGUAAUUCUCCUCCAAUGACUAUUCUCUGGUGUCAUCAUUCAUUUAACUAUUGUGAUGAAUCUUGCCUUACUAUCUAUGGCAAUUAUCUUCCCUGUAUUUAAUGCCUGCUUAUCAUUUCUGCUUGUCCAAACUUUGUCUGUGAUCAGCAUUUGUGCAAUUUUGUACAGAGAGUUUAUAUAAAAGUACAUAUUCAAUUAUCUGUUAAGAGAAAUAAUAUAUUAUUGCUCACAGUUAAGGAAUCAUUGAGGGUAAAAUUUAUAACCCCUUGAUUUAACUUUUAAAUAAUAUAUAUUGUAAUAUUUUUAAAAAAUAUUAGUGUAGCAUAUUGUUAUAAAUUUGCUUUGAGUUUCAGUGAUAAUGUAUGAAAUUUGACGAAAAAGAGAGGCAUAAUAUGUUUAUAUCUUUUAUGUUAUUGUAGACGAGUUCUUGAAAUUGAAUUAAAUGCAGAUGUCAAUUUCGUAGUGAUUAAGCUCUUUGUAGAAAUUUUGACUUUUGACAGUACGAGAAAAAGCUUAGGGCAUUUGUGUUGCAUGAGCGAAUGUGUUGAAUGCUGUUUGGAAACCACUGUUAAUAUGUACAAGAUGCGUUUCUUGGAAUUAUAUACAAAAACAAGUCAUCGGCCACACUGCUGCUUUAGUUACGAGAUGUUAAAAUGCAGUUAUUCUUUGUACUUUGGUAUAUUAAACUGUACUUCACAUUAAGAUGGUGUGGGUUUGGUCAUUUGAAUGAGGCCUUCCACUUUAUUAUGAUACUAAAGUUUUAUAUGCUAUACCAUAUCUUGUUUAUGUGGUCUUGAAAUUGGGCCCGAGACUGUAUAUUGACAACCUGUAUAGAAAGUAUUAUUACUGUUGUUAUUAUAA